AUGGCGGAGGUUACUGCGGUGGUGGAUCGGAGUCCCCGAGGCUGUGCAGACGGGAGGGAUGCAGACACCACAGAGCAGCAGAUAGUGGAUAUGACGGAAGGCGACUGUGAGCAAAUAGAAUGUCAGCAAUUGCUCGAGUGCGAGGUGCCGAAACAGAACCACAAAGAGCCGGAGAACGCAGGCCUGGUGGCUGAGGCCGAGACCUUGGCUGCCGGCUGGAUGCUGGAUUUCCUUUGCCUGUCUCUAUGCCGAGCUUUCCGUGACGGCCGCUCCGAGGACUUCCAGCGGACCCGCGACAGCGCUGAGGCUGUUAUUCACGGACUGUCCAGUCUCACAGCUUACCAGUUGAGGACUAUAUACAUAUGUCAGUUUUUGACAAGAAUUGCAUCAGGAAAACUCCUUGAUGCACAGUUUGAAAGUGAUGAACGAAUUACACCCCUGGAAUCGGCCCUCAUUGCUUGGGAUUCAAUUGAAAAAGAACGUGACAAACUUCAUGAAGAAAUAAAGAUUUUAAUUAAAAUUCAGGCUAUAGCCGUUUGUAUGGAAAGUGGUAAUUUUAAAGAAGCAGAAGAAGUCUUUGAAAGAAUAUUUGAUGACUCAAAUUCUAAUAUGCCUUUAAAAAGAAAAUUGCUCUCGAUUAUCUCUCAGAAAAAUGCAUUCCAUUCUAUUUUUCAACACUUCAGCUACAAUCACAUGAUGAAGAAAAUUAAGUGUUACGUGAAUUGUGUACUAAAUGAAAAAUCAUCAACUUUUCUAAUGAAGGCUGCAACAAAAGUAGUGGAAAGUAAAAGAGCAAGAACAUUAAGUUUUCCAGAAAAACCUAAUAGUAAUGUUCUUGAAGUGGAAACUCCACCUAACUUGGAUAUAGAAAAAAGUGUUAGUGAUACAGAGUCUGCGGAAACUGAAUCCUCAGAGGGUACAGUAUCUUUAAUGAGGUCUCACAAAAACCUCUUUUUAUCAAAGCUUUACCGUGAAAGCCGACUGAACAAUUCUGACAAGAGAGAGAAACGAGUGGAAACUGGUCAAAGUGGAAAAAAGGACAUUGGAACAUCCAGUAAAAGCAAGACAAGACGUUUCAACAGUCAUUCGGUAACUUCAGAAAAUCCUCGCUCUAGAAAAAAACAGGCCUGGCUUUGGGAAGAAGACAAGAAUCUGAAAUGUGGUGUGAAGAAGUUUGGAGAGGGAAACUGGACUAAAAUACUAUUAAAUUAUAAAUUCAACAAUCGAACAAGCGUCAUGUUAAAAGACCGAUGGAGGACCAUGAAGAAAUUAAAACUGAUUUACUCAGACAAUGAAGACUGA